AUGAUGGUUUCAUAUACCCUCAGGGCGGUAGAGGCUGGCUUUGGAGGCUCCUCUUGGCUGCUUCCCUGGAGGGUAAUCACCUGCAAGCUCCUCUGCAAGGAGUUCCUACUCCUCAUCGUCCUGUAUGCUGUGCUCAGCAUCGCCUCCCGGUGGGAGGGCGAGGCUGUGGCUGACCUAGAAAUAAGACAUGUGCAUGCUCAGGUGGCCGGAUAAUGCAACCACUCUGCAGACCUCAUCCCCUUAUCCUUGGUACCAGGUUCCUAUGUGACCUUGAUGGCAAACUGCUGGUGGGCACAGUAUACAAACAUCCCGCUGCCUGACCAGCUGAUGGGCAUCAUCUCGGCCACGGUGCACAGCCUGGACCAGCGAGGCUGCCAGCCGUGCCACACCCUUGUCUGCUGUGAAGACCCUGCGUCAGCGCUCCUGCUGCACUCUGUCAGCAUCUGGGUGCUCCAGAGCCUCCCCACCACAGAGCGCGUGGUGGGUGCAGGUUCCUUGUCUCAGAAAGUGAGGGAAAAAUUUGAGAGCCUAAAAUCUGACUUCAACAAGUACUGGGUACCCCAGGUCUGGCUCACCAACCUGGCAGCCCAGACCCAGAGGGAUGGGAUAAUCCAUGAUGGCACUGCUCUCUGCUUCCUCCUGGGAGAGCCGAACCAGCACAGAGCUGAGCGCAGCAUGCUGUCUCACUGUGGCUGGAUCAGCACCCCUCUUGUCUGCCCCAAGGGGCCGCCUCUCACCUCCCAGUCUUGGCCCCUAGGGACAGGGACAUCCCACUCAGCCAGGCUUCCCCUUCUCCAAGUGGCAACCACAGCAGUGUACUUCUUCUUUGCCCUCUCCCUGGUUGGCCGCCAGUUUGUGGAGCCAGAGGCAGGGGCUGCCAAACCUUGGAAGCCUCUGGAGCCUGGCCAGGAGCUGGGGCCAGUGUUCAGGGACCUAGACAUGUAUGUGCCUCUCAUCACUCUGCUGCGGUUCUUCGUCUACGCUGAACUUCGGCGGCGCACGAGGGUCUCCCCGGACCUCUCAUCUGCUGCGCUCCGGGCCGAGGAGGGCGGCGACCACGAAGCGGCGGCGGGGUCUGAGGACCAGGCCCAGGAGCCCUGA